AUGCGGAAGAUGACGACGAUACGUACCUCUUCCGCUACUACUAGAGUUGUGGGAGGACUGAAAGUCUUGCCCGGACUUCAGCGGCUGGUAGGACUGCGAUUUCCUCCGAGCUUAUCUAGGGAUUGUCGUCAAUUUCUAAUUUCUAAAUGCGAGAAAUCCUCUCCCUCUCCCUCUCCUAUAUAUAUCUGCUCCAGCUCCAGGCUUUCUCUUCUUCCACCAACACCUCUUUCGUAUCGCCUCCGCUCAAUCCACGGUCGAUACAACUGUCAUUCCUCAAUGGCUCCGGCAACCGCAGUUUUGCCGCCGGUGGCGAAGAAAGUCGAGCAUGUGAUGGAGAUGUUCGGUGAUGUUAGGGUGGACAAUUACUACUGGCUGCGCGACGAUUCUCGCUCAAAUCCCGACGUCCUAGCCCACCUGGAACAAGAGAAUGCUUAUACCAACUCCGUCAUGGCUGAUACCAAGUCAUUUGAAGAAGGGUUGUAUGGAGAGAUGAGGGGAAGAAUUAAGGAGGACGAUGAGUCGGUGCCAACUAGAAGAGGGGGAUUCUACUAUUACGACAGGACAUUGAAGGGGAAGGAGUAUGUUCAGCACUGCCGGCGAUCCGUUGUCACCGCUGACCAUACCGUCCACGACGUCAUGCCUUCUGGCCCUGAAGCUCCACCGGAGCAUGUUCUCUUGGAUGAGAACAUCAAGGCUCAGCAGCAUCAAUUCUACAGCAUUGGUGCUUUCAAGGUCAGCCCCAACCAGAAGCUGGUGGCUUAUGCCGAAGACACCAAGGGGAAUGAAGUUUACACUGUUCACGUCAUCGAUGCCGAAACUCUUGCUCCUGUUGGGAAACCUAUCACGAACUUGACUUGCUAUCUGCAGUGGGCAGGUGAUGAUGCAUUAGUUUAUGUUACCAUGGAUGAAACCCUUCGCCCGGACAAGGCUUGGCUUCAUAAGUUGGGAACCGAUCAAUCAACUGACUCCUGUCUUUAUCAUGAGAAAGAUGAUAUGUUCUCACUCAAUCUGGAACUAUCAGAGAGCCAGAAGUAUGUGUUCAUUUCAUCUGAUAGCAAAACUACAGGAUUUGUCUUCUAUGUUGAUGUUUCCAGACCAGAAGAUGGUGCCAAGGUUUUGACCCCUCGUGUGACUGGCAUUGAGGCAUCGUCAGUAAGUCAUCGUGGGAACCAUUUCUUCUUCAUGCGAAGAAGUGACGAAAUUUUCAACUCAGAAUUGCUUGCUUGCCCAGUAGAUGACGUUUCCUCAACUUCGGUUCUCAUUCCUCACCGUGACAGCAUAAAGAUUCGGGAUAUGCGACUAUUUGCUGAUCACCUCGCUGUAUAUGAGCGUGAAAAUGGUCUGCCAAAAAUAACAAUUUUUCAACUUCCGCCAGUAGAUGAUCCACUUACAAGUCUUAAAGAUGGUCGUUCCGUUGACUUUGCCGACCCUGUAUACGAUGCCUCUCUUAAAGGAUCACCUUAUGAAUCCAGCAUCUUGAGGUUUUCUUAUAGUUCAUUAAGGACACCCACCUCAGUGUAUGAUUAUGACAUGAACACAGGCAUCUCUGUUCUGAAGAAGGUUGAAACAGUAUUGGGAGGUUUUGAUUCAUCCAAUUAUGUGACUGAAAGAAAAUGGGCUACUGCUUUAGAUGGCACUCAGAUUCCUAUGUCAAUUGUCUACCACAAGGGUCUUGUAAACCUUGAUGGGUCUGACCCAUUACUGCUUUAUGGCUAUGGGUCGUAUGAGGUCUGCAUAGAUGCCUUGUUUAAAGCUUCAAGGCUUGCUUUACUAGAUCGUGGUUUCGUCUUUGCAAUUGCUCACAUUCGCGGGGGUGGUGAAAUGGGGAGGCAGUGGUAUGAGAAUGGGAAGUUCUUUAAGAAGAAAAAUACUUUCUCAGAUUUUAUUGAUUGCGCAGAGUACUUGAUACAGAAUAAGUACUGUUCAAAGAACAAGUUGUGCAUUGAAGGUAGAAGUGCUGGUGGGUUGCUUAUCGGUUCAGUUCUCAACAUGAGGCCUGAUUUGUUCAAUGCAGCUGUUGCUGGAGUUCCUUUUGUUGAUGUUGUAACCACAAUGCUUGAUCCAACUAUUCCUCUGACAACUGCAGAGUGGGAGGAAUGGGGAGAUCCUCGGAAGGAGGAAUUCUACCAUUACAUGAAGUCAUACUCCCCUGUGGACAAUGUUGCUGCACAAAACUAUCCACACAUUCUUAUUACCGCUGGUUUAAAUGAUCCACGUGUUCUUUAUUCUGAGCCUGCAAAGUAUGUGGCUAAACUGAGGGAGAUGAAAACUGAUGAUAACAUGCUGCUGUUUAGAUGCGAAUUUAGUGCUGGGCAUAGAGCGAAAUCUGGAAGAUUUCAGAAGCUGCGGGAAGACGCAUUUAUAUACACUUUCAUCUUGAAGGCUCUAAACAUGAUUCCACCCUCUCAUAUCAGCCAGUGA